AAUACCUUUAAUUGCAACAUCUCACUAAUCCCUCACAGCUUGUUUUCUUGAGAGAAAGUCACAUUUGAUAUAUUUAUAUUAUCCUCACCCACUACAAAAGAAGAAGAGAAAGAAAAAGAAAUGAAGUCUAUAAUCGCUACUUUGUUGUUUGUUUCCCUAGUUUUGUGUUCAUCAUUUAUUCAACUCUCCUUUGCCUCACCUGCUGCUGCUCCUUCACCUGCUCCUCCAAGUUACUGUGAUGGGAAGUGCGGGGAGAGGUGUGCCAAGGCUGGAAUGAAAGAUCGGUGCUUGAAGUAUUGUGGGAUAUGCUGCCAAGAAUGUAAGUGUGUUCCUUCAGGGACCUAUGGGAACAAGUCAGAAUGCCCUUGCUAUCGAGACAAGAAGAACUCCAAACACCAGCCCAAGUGCCCUUGAACUUCAAACUCUUCUCCAUCUUUUAACCUUCAUAUAUAUAUAUAUAGAUAUAUACGCAUGUACGAUUUAGCUAUUUAGCCUCCAACUCUUCAUCGUCUUAGGCUUCUUCUUAUUAUAAUUCUCUUGCCAUUACACUAUCACUUCUGUUCUGUUUAUGAUGUACUGCUUCUGCCACAUUUUAUCUGCCUUCUCCGACCUCAUAAGGAAGGCAUAUUAUAGGAAUAAUAAAAUCAUUAAUCUACUAUAAUGAAAAGCCAGAAUUUGAAUUUUGGAA